AUGAUUGCGGUACGGUACGGAGAUGGGGCCACCAUUACCUGAAAACUGAAAAGUAUGAGCUGUAACUUCAAACACAUGAUAAGUGAGCAUGAAUGAACGAAAUAAACGAAAAAAAUCCGAGGCCAGUCCUUUGUGCAAAAAGCAGCGAUCAAACAAAAAACGGUUUCAAUAUUUAUUGGCCACCCUGUAGUAGCUACUUCAGUGUCCUCUCCAAGUAGCCCUUCAGGAUCUUCUUAAGGAGCUAAAAAUGUUUUCCGGUCUGAAAAAAAAAUUUUCUUGAACUUUCUCGACUUACAUUAAGAAAAUUACCAUAAGAGUUUUUUUUUUUUAGCUUAUGGAUUUUGCAGUCUUUUCUCCAUGCUGAAAAAUUCGUUGGAGUUGUGAAUUUUUGGGCUGCUAAAUUGAUUUUUUUUUUUGCAAAAUAGAUCACGGUAUGAACGAUUUUACUGUCUUGGCCCUUGGUUAUAGCCCAUCCAGCGCCAGCCUAUCAUAUAUGUUUUCCAUCGGGCUCCAAAAACCUUCCCUUCGAAAGGUGCAGCCUGUCUAUUAGCAUGCGCCUUUAAAAUAACGGAAAUUUUGAAAAGCACAAAAAGACGUGACAUGCGCGAAAUUUGCUACAAAAUUUUUUUUUAUUUCGAAAAAGAAGUCUAAACCAUGUUUCGCUGGCCAUUCGUCUUUUAAAUAAGAGAAAAAAUUGACCUGAAUUUUUGAAGAAAUACCCGGAAUACACUUAUCAAGAGUGCAUCAGUUCCUACGGAAAGCCGCCGACAAUCAUUCCGCAGACCCAUAUGCCGUUUUACUACGGAUCUCUGAUUGAUCGACUUCUUCCGGUUGGUUUAAUCAGAGUUUAUAAAAAAACAAUAAUAAUGAUUCAUUUCUCGUUAACUUUUUAAAAAAAUAAGUAAUUGGACUGAAGAGAGGGGAAAAACUAACAAAAGAGAUCAAUUUAUUUUUUGGUUGCGAGUUCCCUUAAAAUUGGCCGAAACUCUUUUUUAUGUACUAAAAUAAGAUCCUGGAAGAUAAAACUUGCAGAAAUUCCUAGUUUUUGAACAAGGGCUCAAAAAUAGCUCAUUUUUACGGGAUUUGAGGGUUUUCUUCCACUUUGAGGCGGUCUUUCCCAAAAACUAGGAAGUUGUGCAGAUUGAGACUUUAAGAGCCUUCUUUUGGUAUAUCAAUAACGGCUGUUUUUUCGGAAACCGUAAAGUAGUUCUAUUUUCUUUUAUAAAAAUUUUUUCAAUGUGAAAGAAUUUUCCCCUAGGAAUUUUUAUGGAAUUUCGGGAAUGAAGUAGGAAGGAACGUAUAUACCGUAUGUUUCUUGCUUCAGAUAACCGACUACAUCAUUUGCCGGGCCCUGGAACUUCCUCUGGUCGAUACCGCCUGUCAAAGAUUGAUCCAGUCCUUGGCACCGCUUUACAAAUAUCAUCGUGAGUCCAACUAUAUAUUUUAUAUUUGUUCGUUUUUUCGGCAAUUUACGAAUCAAUUUAGCCCUAUAUUUAAGUUUUUCUCAAACAAGACGAGCUGACUAUGUCGGAAUUUCUUGAUCCCUGAAACGGGGUCACUUUUCAGGUUUAGGUCACAAAAAAUCUAUUAAUAAAAAAUGGAGCUGCCGACAUACUUAGCAACGCUAUAGUAGUCCCUAGAAAAGCAAUGUUAGAGGUACUUCAACCUUCAUCUUACCUUCCCCGAUAGGGACCACUAAAGCUUCAGAAGCUUAGAGGGCAGACCCGACACCCCAAUAGAGACCACCUUAGUUUUAUCCCUCCAGGGAGCACUAUUUUGUACCCUAGGGGCUGUUUUUUUCCCUAAACCCCUAUAGGGGUCAAUUUGAAGUUCCUCAGUAUGCUUGGACAGUUCAGCGAAAAAGUUCAACUCGAAAAAGAACCUCAAAAAAAAUAGCUUUUCGGGUAGAACUCGAAAAAAAAAGCUUCAUUGAUAACGGCCUUGAAGGUUUAUUUCUCUUUUUUUUAUAUAUUCGCGAAAAUUCAAGGCUUUUUACAAAUUUUUGCUUUUUUAGUUUUCCUCUGUAUUUUAUUUUUUCAUCUUCAGCCACUCCGCUAACGUUCACUUACACGGUUUUGUACUACCUGAAUGACCAUAUGAAGAAGCCUCUUUCCAAAACUUUUGUCCUGACGAUGCGACGGCAUGGUUUGUUUUCUUUUUAAAAUAUUCCAUUCAUCAUCUUUUUGCAGUAGAAGACAUGCAUCUGACGGAGGCUUUCGAGAAGUACAACCAUCAGCGGGAUUCGCUGGAAUCCCUUUUCAUCGAGCUCGUUGAUCGGAUCGCCCUCAGCUUGGACUUUGUCUUGUCGUCCGUUUUUUCUGUCUCAAAAUUAUUACUCUUCGAAAACAAUUUCGUUCCGGAUUUUUGUGGUCUUCCAACCUCUUUUUAGAACCUCUUGAACCUUUUCCAUUGAAAAUCCGUAAAAUUUCGGAAUUAGGAACUGGAAAAAAAAGUAUAUAAUUUAUAGAUAUUUCCAUAAAGUCGAAUCCGAUUCUCAAAAAAAUUUUUGAGGUCAAAUAAGGAAAAAUUUUUAAUCUACUGUAUAAAAUCUUUCUUAAGAAUUUUUAGACUUUAUAAAGCUCUAGCAAAAUUUUUUUGCUGGGAAAAACUUUUUUCCCUGAGGUCAAUGAUUGAAAAUUGAGUCUAUAGGAUAGAAUUUUUCUUUAAAAGUUGAAAAUCCCCUAACACGUGUAAGAAAGCUCUUGUAAUUUUUGUAGAAGCCAAAUAUAUGUUUUUCUCAAUAAGUGUUUGAUUAUUUUUGGAUAUUCAGACCCCCGCCAUUCGUUGCGCAAGACUGGAAAACGGCUGAAUUUUCUCCGGGAGCCCAGACAAUUUAUUUGGCCUGUAUCGAGAUUAUGGCCUCGCCUCAUCCGCCUGAGGUGAAUUUUAGGAAUAGAAGUUUCUGAAAAACUUUAUCCUUCAUUUGACCUUAUUGAUCAAACAAAAAAUUUAAAAAGAUAAUAUCUUUUUUCGUCUUCUCUCAAGUAAUUAACGUAUUUGGAAACCCUGAGACCGAUCGGAAGAUUUUGUGAAAUAUUGAUUCAAAGAUGAAAUUGAUUCCACGAGAACGCGACACACUUCAAAAAAAAAAUAGACGGGAAUAAUAGGCUAGAAAAAAAGUUUACUUAAUUUUAAAAAAAGAAAAAUUUUGCACAGGCGAUCGUCUCGGCAAUGAUCAACAUGCUGAUGGUGAAGCCUCAACAGAGGCCCUACAACGUGAUAAAUAUCCUGGCCCUUCUUCUGACCGCCCUUCCCGACGUCUAUGGAAACGUCCUUCAUGACGAGUUCAUCGCUGUGGUCGACCGGUCUUUGGCCAAAAGUUUAUCUUAAUUUCUCAAGUUCGCGGUCGUUUUAGUUUGGGUGCUACGACAAGAACGUUUUUUUUAUUGAAUUGAACUACAUUAGGCAGUUAAAUUGCGUCAACUUUCCAUUCUUUUUACGCCUUUGUACCGCUUGAGCCCAAUUCGAUUUGCCAAGGUCCGGCCCUGAUAUCAGAGAUGAUCAAAAGAAUGUCUCUAGAGACAUAUCUGUUCUUUUUUUUUUGACGGUCUUGGUUUUCCACUGCUAAGAUUUCUUGAACCACUUGGUUACGUCGCGGCGGGGAUCGAACUCGUGACCCUUCAGAGACAAGCAAACAACCUGUUGCGCUACGGCGCGACAUCCAGUCUGACUUGUUGAAAAAUAAAUUCAAAAGCAGAGAAGCUGUUUGAAAAAAUCGCUGUUGUAGUAGCAUCUUACUUCGUGCUUCGUGCAAUUUUUCGAAAAUUAGUCAGUUUUCUCUUACAAGGAACUCUUUUUUAGCCUCGUUUGAACUUUUCUCGGCUUGAUGUAACUCGGCUGUGUUUGAAGAGUAUUCUGACAAUUUUUCUAAAAUUCAAGUGAAAGGAAUUCGAAAAAAUAAAAUUGACUUUUCACCGUACCUGAUGACCUUCAGACCACACCUUCGAAGAGAUCGUCUUCGACACGUUCGAAGAGGCUCAACUCCUUCAUCUGACCUCGCGUCCCUUGAUCAUCAACGCCUUGUCUCAGGCCUACUGGACCCACUGCAAAUGGGUCCGUUUUUGAGAAAUUCCCUCAAUUUCAAAAUAGAAGUUAUUGAGGCUUUUUUUUUUCGAAAAAUGACCUUAUGACGGUUUAUGAGAGUCUUUUUUCAGAUAACUCUUGAAAAGUUCACCUGCGACCUUGCACCAAAGAUCUUGGACCGUGUCCAGACUGAAAACGAUUUGUGGUUAGUCCGAUUAGUUUUUCGCAGAGGGAAAAAUUUCAAUUGGAAAAUCUACUGUAAAAGUCAUUUUAUAGUUACUCGGAUCACGUUAAAAAAUCAUUCGGAUGGCCGGAGUUUGAAGGGAUUUUUUUUUGAUCCAAAACCUCGGAAAUUGAAAUUGGAGAGGAACUCAAUGAGAAAGUAUUAUUACUUCGUUUUCUUUUUUCUUUUUUUAGUUAAAAAGUUGAGCUGCAUUUUCAUUUCUCAUUUUUCCAAAUAAAUUUCAAGGUACGCUCUUCGACUGUUGGUUCCAUUGCUGCAACGGUGUUACGAAUGGCCGAAAGAAAAAACGAGGCAUUUGACUGAGGUAAAGUAGACAAUUUUACCUUUUUCGGCUUCUUUCUGUGCUUCAAAAGAAGAAAGGCCGUUUUAGUUUUUAAAAUUUGGCCAUAAUACUUCUCGAUUUACUAGAAGAUGAUUCUGAAAGUGUCAACCAACACAACUUUCUAGGCUCUGAGAAAUAAGUGCUCAAAGCUCAAAAAUGGCCUAUUUUUACGCAUUUUGAGGUUCCCUCUGACUUUGAGGUUUCCUUUCUCAAAAAUUAGAAUUUUGUCAAGGUCCAGACUUUCAGGAUAUUUUUCUAGCCUUCUUUGUGAAUUUUAAAUAGAUUCCCAGUUCAAAAUCAUGAUAAAAGGUAGAAUUUAUUCUCCAUAUAAAAUUUUCAGAUUUUCAAAAUCUUGUUAUGUUAGUUUCGAUGAUUCCAAUUUUCAUGAUUUUUUUUCCGAGUUCAAUUCAAGUUUGAAAUAGAUAAGUGAAGAAAAACUGAAUUCCCCUGAUUAUUUUUCAGUCCCUGGAGGUUGUUCGAACAAUUAUUGACCGAAUCGCCUACCUCACCAGCAUCGGCAUCGAUAUUGUCCAUUCGGUUCGUGUUUUAUCUGAAACAGAAAUGAAUGAUAAUAAAAUUAAGAAUAUUUUCUUGAAUGAUAGGACCUUAUUGGUUUCGAGAUCGUUAACAAUAAAAAUUGAAAACCAUUUGAUUUUAAUGAAGGAUAGAAACAGUAAAUGUUUCGAUUUGCUUGAUUCAGGACGAGUUGUGCGACCUUUUGUACCAUUUCAAGUACGUUUUCGUCGGCGACUACCUGCGGAACAAUGCCGAAGCCACUUUUGCCGGGUAUUUAUAUCGAUUUUGAGUCCCUUUUCAACUAUAUUCUUCAGGUUUCCGAAGAAAAUGCGCGAUAGAUUGAGAUUCUACGCAACGCAAUCGGAUAGGAAAACCGAUGAGAAAAAAAUGGUUGGUUUGGGAAUAAAAAAAGUCUUUUUUUGCAUACUUUUCGAAAGAAAAUCGUCAUUCUUUCAAAAAAAUUUUUAUUUUUUUAUUUUUCAAAGUGUUUAAUUGAAUUUAAAAAAAGAAGUUUUAUACUAUUUUUUUCAAUUUUUUUAAUAUUUUGCAUAACUUUCUGUAGCUCCCAGUUUUUUUCAAUUCAUUGUGUCUUUAUCAGAUUUAUUGAGAAAACAAAUCCCUAAUUUUUAGAGACAGAUGUGCGAAAAAGAAUAGAUUUCACAGUAGAAAAAGAAAUUCUGAGAAGAAAAGAAUGGUUUUUUUUCGAAUUUUUCACGAUAUUACAAAAAAAAGUUGUUUUUUUAAGAAAAGGAUUCUAAAAUCAUGUAAAGAACAAACUUUGAAAAAUCCUAUUUUUUAAAAUGUUUUCCCUACACUUCAAUUUUCAGGAAGUUCUCAUCCAUCAGUGUCUCACCAAUCAUCGUUUUCUUAAUAGUUUUCAUUUUUCCUGUUCAAUUUCUCAUUAACUUAUUAAAAAUUUCUAUGAAGAAUAGCCAAUUAACGUUUCCAAUUACGUGUACCUUCCAAAUAGCAUCUCAUUCUUUGUUUGUACAUAUCUGUCAUUUUUGUUACACCUUGAUCAUUUCAUUAAAUUUUGAAUUUUUUGUAAUCCGAUUUUUUUUUCUGUUUUAGGCGUUUCAAUGACGCUGAUGAUACUUUUAUGAAAUUUUUUUUUUCCGAUUUUCAUUUUUUAAAUAAUUAGGUACGAUGAUUGAUGGGUGAGGGGCCGGAAACGUGGAAAAGACGGUUGGCUGAGCUCUACGCUUGUUCGUGGUUCGUUUUUCUUUCAAAUCGGGGAAUCAGUUCAAAAAAAGGUUUUUGAAAAACGAGCUGUUUUACAUAUGGCUCGAAGAUCUUUUUUUUGUUUCAAAACGUUUUUCUUUUUAAAAAAAAAUCUUGCUUUUGAAAUUUUAUAGGGACUUGAAAACUUCCCCGCUCGAAAAGGUAAUUUCUCGACUUUUGAAAAGAUUUUGAUCCAUAAAACUACAAGCCUGUGCAUUUCGAGAUUUUGAGAAUCUAACAAAAAAUUUUUUUUGAUCUAGUGUGAAAAUUUUAUGAUGCUCACGAUCAAACUUUUUUUUAAUUUAACCGUCUUUUUUUCGAGUUUCGAACACUUUUACUAUGAAGCUUCAAGUGAAAUUAUUUUUUUUUUCAAAAAUUCAAAGUCCCAUUUUUUUUUUUCGAGGCAGCACAUAAAUAUGGAAUUUAUUUAGGUACUGGGGAGAUAUUUCGUGGAAAUGGGCCGAAAAGCUUCUUCUUCUCUGCCCCGAGGGCUAUUUUUUGGUUCGCGACAGUCGCAGCGAUAGCCAUCUUUUCACUGUCAGCUAUCAUUUGGAUGGUCGGUUUUGUUUCAAGUAUAAUCUCUAUCAGUUUCUUCCCAUAUUUUCAGGCAAAGUUUACCAUUCGCGUGUCUCGACGUUCGGGACACUGGCUCAUUUGGGCGAUCGCCGGCCUCUGCAUUGCAGCGAGAGUGUCGUCGAACUCAUUCAGCACGUCGUCGAGGUGAGAAGUACGAUAAAAAAGACAAAACGGUAGUUUCCACAAGGUUCCGUGUGCAACAGGGACAAAGAAUUAAUGGGAAAGAAAGCUUUUGAAGUGUUUCACGUGUUUGUGGAGAGAAAAGUAGUGGGUGAAGAGAAUCUAUCAAAAAAAAUAAUGGAUAACAAGAAAAAAAUUAGAAAAAAAUCACUGAAAUCGAAAGUGGACAAGGCUUUCGAGAAGUUAGAAACUCGCUUUAUGAAUCUGAUCGAUUCCGCUGUUGGCCGCUGGGUUCACUCAUCUUUUUUCACUGUUUUCUGACAUGUCAUAAUGCAAUUUUUUCUUCAAAAUGUGAACAUUCACGAAGUUUCAAAAAGCGUUGAACCAAAUGUAACCGAUUUAUUUAUCUUUUAGGAAUCUUUUAACUAGUUCAUUGAUAAUGAAUAAUAAUAAUAAUAAUGGGUUUAUUCACUGCGUACGGUAAAAAAGAAAAUAUAGACUGUAAUCCGGGCUAGACAGGAGUGAAAGCAAAAAAACGUUCGAACGUUGAAAAUCUACUCUAGAACUUUCAAUUCAUUUGAUGAGCGAAUAACGAAACAAAUAAUAAUACGCCUGUGUCUGUACAAUUUCUUUUAAUCUUCGUUAUUUCAACUUGCGCAAUUUUUCAACCGUUCCUGAGAAAGAUUUGUUUUCAGCAGUCGCAACGCGGCGAGCACGACAUGCUGAUGCACCGACGAGGAGCCGAAGCCGAAGCCUCGAAGAUGCAGCUGAGCCGACCUCUCGGCCGCCUCGAGCUUCUCCCCUCGCUACAGUACCUCUGUCGUCUCAAGAUCCGACAGAAGUGUCCUCCCGCGGCCAUUUCCAGCCUCCGACUGCCGCCCAACCUCCUCGCCUACGUCACCCACACCAAAUACCUCAUUCCUGACCUUGAAGCCUCCGAGCAAGUCUUGAAGAUUCGAGCUGAAAACGGCCUCUGGCCAGUCUCAUGA